AAAGGGGAGUAAGAUGCCUAUCCUAGUCCCUCUCUUCGGGCUCUUCAUCUCAAGAGGAACAAACAAGAGCAAACUCAGUGUCGAGAGGCCCCAAACCGGACUCUCCCACAGAGAGGUGCUCGGUCCCAAGCCCCGGAGGCCCGGGAAGGCCGCCUCCGGAGGAGCCCCCGCAGACGCCAUACCAAAAGCCAAAAUGGCUGCCCCGAGGAGGCCCGCACCGCGUAGCCAGUGAAGGUUGGGGAGCAAGCUUCUGCGGGAAAGAGGGAGGGGGACUCCAGGAAAAGCCGUUGAGAGGACCAUCACAACCUGAGCAGCACAGGUUCCAGUUACAGCCAUCCCUUGUCAUAACUUUUGAACUGUAUUUGGAAAAAUACUGGCCAGGAAAGAAAAAUGAUAAAAUUUUUCCUCAUGGUGAAUAAACAAGGGCAGACUCGACUUUCUAAGUACUAUGAACAUGUGGAUAUUAAUAAGCGUACACUUCUGGAAACAGAAGUCAUAAAGAGCUGUCUCUCUCGAUCCAAUGAACAAUGCUCUUUCAUUGAAUAUAAGGAUUUUAAGCUGAUAUAUCGGCAGUAUGCAGCUCUCUUCAUUGUGGUUGGAGUUAAUGACACUGAGAACGAGAUGGCUAUUUAUGAAUUCAUUCAUAACUUUGUGGAAGUUUUAGAUGAGUAUUUCAGCCGAGUGAGUGAAUUAGAUGUAUCCUUUUUCAAUACGGUUUUCCACGGUACUUGGCAAAUGCACUCUGGUCCUUAUCAGGAACCAAUUGAUGAAUUUCCCAAAAUAUGCUCAGCCCUGGAGCCCCAGCAGGCUUGCUUUUCUCCAGACAGUUCAUCAUUCAAAGGAGCUGCCUCCACCACCCCCAUCUACUGAAUAGCCAGGGGAGGGCACCAAUGAAUAGCACAGUAUGGGAGACACACCAACUACUCUUCAAAUCAGUGCGUACCUGCUCUACGCGUGAAGGUACAGAAAACCUCCACAGCCUUUUCAGUAUUUGGUGCCUUUAAAGAGGCCUAAGGACUUAGUUUAUUUUGGCUAGACUGGAAUGCAGCAGUACUGCCUUCAGGCCUGGACAGCCAGGGGCUCCUCGGGCCCUGUGCUCUAGAAGGCCCAUUCUGUGUCUGCUUCACCAGCACCCUUUCCCCAUCAUGGGGCAGACGCUCACCAGCCCUCACUAUCUACUGCUUGACCAUCCUCUGACUUCCUGGGCCCCUAGAAUUUAUAAGGUCCCUAGAUAUCCCAGAACCUGCCACCAUGGCCUCUGCAAGCCUCUCCUCCACCUUCACCCCAAGACUAGGGGCAGGAAUGAUAAGAAGGCUGGGUGGUAGCUGGGAUGUCCCACCUACGUGCCUGGGGAGAGAAGCGAGAGCAGGCUGGAGUCUCUACUUUGUAUUCUUGUGAGGCACAAAUAUAGGCUAGAAUCCAGGCCCCACAAAUAUAGGCUAGAAUCCGGAAUGUUUUCUUGAUUUAAAGACAUCUUUAGGCCGGGCACAGUGGCUCACGCCAGUAAUCCCAGCACUUUGGAGGGCUGAAGCAGGAGGAUUGCUUGAGGCCAGGAGUUUGAGACCAGCCUGGGCAACAUAGGGAGACCCAGUCCCUAUAAAAAAAUUUAAAAAGCCAGGCAUUGGUGGUGUGUGCCUAUAGUCCCAACUACUAGGGAGGCUGAGGUGGGAGGAUCGCUUGAGCCUGGGGGACUGAGGCUGCAGUGAGCCAUGAUUGUGCCACUGCACUCCAAUCUGGCAACAGAGCAAGACCUUGUCUUUAAAAAUAAAAAUAAAAACAUCUUUACAACAUUCCUGUUUGUAUUUCAUAAACUCAAAAUCUCAAAGACUGAGCAGUUGAUUCUAGAGCCCUAAAGCUCUGGUGGGUUGUGUGAAGAAACCCUGAUUCAUGUCCCUUUUAUUGCAGUUGAGGGUGGGGCAUAGGAAGGGCCUCAAUGCUGUGUUCACUCUCUGUGACUCCGCCAACAUCUGCCAUGGUGCUUCCUGGAGAAUGAUGGUGUGCAGGCAACAGUGAUCAGCACCACCAUGGUUUGCAGUCAGGCCUCGAUCAGGCCCACUGUGGGCAUCUACCUCUAGUUCCAUCAGCUUCCUAAAAUCUGAAAUACUUUUAGAGAUCCAGAAACCAGAAUAGGGUUUCUCCAAGUGGGAGAUAAUGUCAGCCUGAUUUAAUGAGAAAUUGCAAAAAUACUUGUUCAAACUGAGGCUAUAGGAAUACCAGCCAGAAGAACAAACAAAUUCUUCAGGGAAGCAUCCAGCACUGAAGUGGCAGCUUCUAAAUGAACUGAAAUUUUCUGCAUGUUCUCUCAGAAAGUUACAGUGUUAAUUAAUUAAUAAAAUCAUUACAAAAGAAUUUCUUCCGAGGUAUGAUGGAGCAUGUGAUGACUUCAGGAAUGGCUUGAUUUUUUUGUUUGUUUGUUUGUUUUUUGAGACAGAGUCUCACUCCAGGCUGGAGUGCAGUGGUGUGAUCUUGGCUCACUGCAACCUCCGCCUCCCAGGUUCAAGCUAUUCUCCUGCCUUAGCCUCCCGAGUAGCUGGGAUUACAGGCGUACACCACCGCACCUGGCUAGUUUUUUUGUAUUUUUAGUAGAGACGGGGUUUUGCCAUGUUGGCCAGGCUGGUUUCCAACUUCCGACUUCAGGUGAUCCGCGUCCCUUGGCCUCCCAAAGUGCUGGGAUUACAGGCAUGAGCCACCACGCCCAGCCAGGAAUGGCUUGAUAUUAUCAGAAAAGAGUAAACCAGCUCCACUUUCCUUGAAGGUUAUAUUUAGAGUUGUAGGAGCCGGAUACUUUGGAGCUAGGAGAAACCUACACAAUCAUCAGGUAAAAACCUCACUUUUAAAAAUUAAUGUAAAAAAAUUUUUUUACAGUCAGGGUCUUGCUCUGUUGCCCAGGCUUGAGUGCAGUGUUGUGAUCAUAGCUCACUGCAGCCUCAAACUCCUGGGCUCAAGCAAUCCUUCCACCUCAGCUUCCAGAGUAGGAAAACAAAAAUAUCAAGGAAAAAAAAAAUAGAUCUGGGAAUACAGACACGCACCACCACACCCAGCUGGCUAAUUUAAAAAAAUUUUUUAAAAUAAAAACAGCAUUUCACUAUGUUGCCUAGGCUGGUCUUGAACUCUGGAGCUCAAGCGAUCCUCCCACCUUGGCCUCCCAUAGGGCUGGGUGAGUCACUGUUGGCUGGUUUAAAACCUCACUUUUUAGAUUAAAAGGCUGAGGUCCAAAGAGGUUCUGUGACAUGUCCCAAUCCAUAGAGCUACUUUAGGGCAGAGCUGGUACUAGUUUCUGGGUUUCUAGGGCCCUUGACUCUAGGAUUAUAAAUUGGGUAGGUUAAAUUUGACUUUUUUUUCUUUUUAUUUUUCUUCUCUGAGACGGAGCCUUGCUCUGUUGUCCGUGCUGGAGUGCAGUGGUGCAAUCUCAACUCAUUGCAACCUCUGUCUCCCACGUUCAGGUGAUCCUCCUGCCUUAGCCUCCUGAGUAGCUGGAAUUACAGGCCUGCCACCAUGCCUGGCUAAUUUUUGUAUUUUUAAUAGACACAGGAUUUCGCCAUUUUGGCCAGGCUGGUCUUGAUCCCCUGACCUCAAGUGAUCUGUCCACCUUGGCCUCCCAAAGUGUUGGGAUUACAGGUGUGAGCCACUGCACCCGGCCUAAAUUUGACAUAUUUUUAAAAAAUUAAUCAUCUGGAGUAGACUGUGGCAAUUUAGUCUCAAUAAAACAUGCCUGUCACCAUGGUGCCUUGGUGUUGUCGAAGCUUUUUUCUGAAUAAGGGGAGAUGUUUUAGAGAAAUGCCUUUGGUUGGAAGAGUCAGAAAGGAUGAAAAAAUUUGAGAGUAUCUAUGAAUGUCUUGUUGAGAACAUGCUCUCCAAAAGUGGAGUUCACAUUCAGAUUUCAAAACAUCUUUUUUCCUUUUGAAAAUAUUAAAUGGAAAGCCUCGUUGCCAGAGAGUGAGGACUGGCCUGUGGGUCCGAGGGAACGUGUGCAGCUGUUCCUCCGUGGGAAGGGCAGGCAUUGAGGGAUGAGGGACCCAGGGCCUUCUCCAGCAUGGGAGCUCUAGCCAGGUCCGUGGUGGGUGAUGAGAGUCUUGGAUAGGAACAGUCCCCAGGAUUCAGCCAGUACCCCAGAAGAUGUGAAUGUUGCAAAUCCGACAGUUCUGCCUCCAAGUUUUUUUUGGCUCCCACUAGCCUUGACCACUUUCCUGUUUCCUUUCAGGAGCCCGCUAGGUGCCAUAUUCAUCCGCCAGCAUUCUUCACCACCAGGUCCCUCUGCUUUAACCCUAUUCCUUUUGUUCCAUUUUUCUGGGUUCUGUUUUAGUCAGGAAUAGUGACAGCAAGUUAUGAGAAGCAAGAGAGAUUUAGGGGAAAAAUGAGAAUAAUAACAGGCUCAUUGACCCACCUCUGACUUUCAUAUUUAAUUUUGCAUAAGCCUACAUAAACUUUAAGCAAAACCACAGCUGGGUAUCCUGUUGUUCUCAGAAUAUGAGUAGGCCUUUAAUGAAAACCUACUUUAAAAAAAGAUAACAGCCAGGCGCGGUGGCUCACGCCUGUAGUCCAAGCACUUUGGGAGGCUGAGGCAGGCGGAUCACCUGAGGUCAGGAGUUUGAGACCAGCCUGGCCAACAUGGUGAAACCUCAUUUCUACUAAAAAUACAAAAAUUAGCGGGGCGUGGUGGCACGCACCUGUAAUCCCAGCUACUCAGGAGGCUGAGGCGGGAGGAUCGCUUGAACCUGGGAGGCGGAGGUUACAGUGAGCCAAGAUUGCACCACGCUCUCCAGCCUGGGCAACAGAGUAAGCCUCCAUCUCAAAAAAAAAAAAAAAAAAAAAACCAGUCCUCUUCAGUGGCCUCAUUAGCAAGAGACAAAAUGUGAACAGGGCCGGAGACAGUGGCUCAUGCUUGUAAUUCCAGCACUUUGUGAGGCCGAGAAAGGCAAAGUGCCUCACUUCAGCCCAGGGGUUCGAGACCAGUCUGGGCAAGAUAGUGAAACCCCCGUUCCUCCAAAAAAUAUAGAAAUUAGAUGGGCGUGGUAGCGCACCUGUGGUCGCAGUUAAUUGGGAGGCUGAGGUGGGAGGAUCACUUGAGCACAGGAGGUCGAGGCUACAGUGAGCCAAGAUUGUGCCACUGCACUCCAGCCUGGGCAACAGAGUAAGACUUUGUCUUAACCAAAAAAAAAAAAAAGUGAACAGAAGACUAUACUAUACUACAAGAAGAAUGUCUCCAGGACUAUGCAGAAUCUUCAUGAUGAUAGCCUUCUAUAUGGUAGUAUUUUCUGGGGGAAAUGUGAACACAGUGGCCCUUGGCCACUUACCUAAUUUGGUGGGAAAUUAAAGUAUGAAUAAUGAGAAAGCAAGUUUUCCCACCCUACAUAUUUUGUUAAAGAACACUUAGCUAGAAUAUUUUUUAAAAAAAGAAAUAAAAUGAGAAACCAAGGGAUCUGAGACCCAAAUCUAGAGUUAGAAAUUGUAGUUUCUAGGUUGGUCUCUGCCCUGGAAUUCCUUUUGAGGUUCCAUUUGAGUCUGUGCUGCUCAGUUUCUCACUUGUUAAAGGAUAAUUUGAUUGCCACUAUGGUGUUAAAAUACUCAUGAUGGAAGAGUGUUUUAUUUUCCAGAGAUCAAAAUUCCAAUGUUGGGGCCAGGCGUGGUGGCUCACGCCUGUAAUCCCAGAACUUUGGGAGGCUGAGGCAGGCAGAUCACUUGAGGUCAGGAGUUAUAGAGACCAGCCUGGCCAACAUGGCAAAACCUCGUCUCUACUAAAGAUACAAAAAAACUAGCUGGGUGUGGUGGCACAUGCCUGUACUCCCAGCUACUCAGGAGGCUGAGGCACAAGAGUUCCUUGAACCUAGGAGAUGGAGGUUACAGUGAGCCUAGAUCAUGCCAUUCCACCCUAGCCUGAGCAACAGAGAGAAGCUGCGUCUAAAAAAAAAUAAAAUUCCAAUGUUGGGACCAUAAACAUUUCAAUCACUGUAUUUAUUUUUAUUUUCAUUUUUAUUUAUUUAUUUAUUCUGAGACAGAGUCUUACUCUGUUGCCCAGACUGGAGUGCAGUGGCACAGUUUUGGCUCUCUGCAACCUCCGCCUCCGAGGUUCAAGUGAUUCUCCUGCCUUAGCCUCCCGAGUAGCUGGGAUUACAGGCGUAUGCCACCAUGCCCAGCUAAUUGUAUUUUUAGCUGAGACAGGGUUUCACCAUAUUGGCCAGGCUGGUCUCGAUCUCCUGACCUCACGUAAUCCGCCCACCUCAGCCUCCCAAAGUGCUGGGAUUACAGGUGUGAGCCACCGUGCCCGGCCUCAUUUCAAUCACUGUAAUUAAAAAGUUGAUUUCAAGUGGCACUAAUAUUCCAGGAGCCCUACGAUGUUCAAUUCCAAUCCACAUGAUGUGAAAAUUCAGAAAGGCUCUUAGGUUUCUAGGUUGGGAGAAAGUGGACUUCAGUAACUCCGCUCUUUGGGAGAUUGUUUCUAGCUCAUGUCAGCUCAACCUUAGGGAGCCCAUGAAAGAAAACAAGUUGCCUGAGGAUCUUUAGAGUCAGUCAAGUUCAUUAUAGCCUGAAGGUAAGACUGUCUUUCAAUAGCCAUUCUCAGCUCACUACAUUAGUAUACCAACAGUCUGGGCCCUUCUUACUUCCUCCUAUUUCAAAUGUCACCAUUGCAGUGUGUUUAUUCCAUGGGCUUAGCAUAUAGGGUAUUUUUUGGUCCCUGCUUACCUGGCACAUGGCCUAAAUGCCAUUACUCUUGGCCUCACCAGGGUGUACAGGUUGCUCAUAAACCAAAUCAAGAUGUAAACAACAGCUGGAUUCUUAUUUUAAAAGAGUCACAUGAUUCCAGGGGGAAAUCAGCUUUCAGGCCUUUGCCUCACAUUGGAUUUGGUCUGUAGUUUCCCCAUAUAGUGCCAGAAAGCUGCAUGAUUACUAGAGUUUGAGUCAGAUACACAGAUACACAGGCAGUCACAUGUCCACAGUAUACAGUGACCUCACUGAGCAACUCAUGAUUCCAGGAUGUUGGGAAAUUGACUUGCUGGAGGAGCUUGUCCUUGUUCCUUGUAAUGUGGGGAUGUCAGUGGUUUAUAUGAUUUAGCAGUAAAUUCUGAUCUGAAUUUCAAAACAAUUGGGCAGUUGCUCAAGGGGACAUCGGAACAGCAGAUCAUCUGCUUGCCAAAGAUGGGGCAGUCCACAGAGCAGCUUGAUCCCCGAACUAAUUCAUGGGUUAAAAUUAGAUUUCCUUGUAUCUCAAAGACAGUUAUCUUGGAGAAGGCAACAUUUUCAAAGGCACUAAGGCUUUCAUUGCCCUUAGUGAAUGUAACAGGAAGGUUCUCCAGGCCAUUUUUCACGUAGCCACCUGUGCUUCUUAGCUCUGCCUUUCUAUAUAUACCUGGCUGCCAUUCCCACUUUGUCUCACCUAAGUUCUGGCUUCUGGGUCUAGUGAACAGGUUAGAGUCAAGGGCCUAACAUUCCAGUCCCAGUUUGGCCGUGGGACAAAGCAAUCAUCUGUAUAAUUGGAAGACAGUAUUAAUAGGUAUAUCAGAAUAACGCUUUUUUUUUUUUCUGGGUCACUUAAGGACAGUUCCCAUGGGUCCUUGGAAAACAGUUUAUUCUGCUGGAGGACUAUUUGCACAGAGCUUAAUGAGAUAUUCACACAGAGCCUAAUAAAAACUUUAAAGUCAUUCACCAUUUGUCCUAUUCUGUGUAGUUGCACUUCACUAAGCAAAUACAGUGUAGACUUUGAAUAUCUGGUCUGGUUGAAAAAAAUCAAAUGGGAACAAUUCACUUUACAAAGAUUUAAUUUUGAACUCCGCUAGUGCAUUUAAUUACCUAUUUGUUGAAUGAAGUUUAUUUGAAACAAUCUGUCAACUGUUUUUGUUUUUGUAGCAGACCAGGAUCAUGCUCUUUAAGUAGACAGAGAACUUCAGAUAUUAAGGUGUAGAAUUGAGAAACAUUCAUUGUCAUCAUCUCAUUCCAGUUCCCCUUCUUUCACAAAAGAAAAGUUAGGCAUUCAGUUGAAGGGAUUCUUGAGGGAAGUAUUUAGUUCUUUCUGGUUUGCUAGACAUCAUAGUCUAACAAUAUUUUCUUCUUUCCCCAUGCCCCAUACUAAUUUCCCAGUAAGAACACCUGUAAGCCAAAGUGGCUCCAUCAUUCUCAAAUGACUUCUUAGAACUACCCAUUUGUAAGAGAUACUGUCUUGAAAUCCAGAAAUUUUAUUAUGCCCUGCCUUCUUCAUUCAUUUUCUCCUCAUAGUUAUUUUUACAUCAGUCUGUCUGACAGAGAAGAAAACUGAAGGUACAAGGCAUUUAUUUUGGGGUGGAGGUUUGGGGGCUGAGGAGGGAGGUGUCUAGCCCCUCCUGAGGAGCCUAUAAGCAGAGCAGUCAAGCCCAAGCUUUGGGUUUAAAUUCAAACCUGGCAUUUACUAGCCAUGUGACCUUGGACUAUGCUUUGAACCUAUUUGAUCCUGGGUAAACUGAGGAUAAUAUGUAACAACAUACAUCAGAGAUUUGUAGAGGGCUGAAACUCAACACACUGUCUGGAACGGGAGUAUUCAACAAAUCGUUGCUACUGUUACUAUUAUUGUCUGGGAAGACAACACUAUUUUUGAGUUAAGGUCAUUCUCUUGCCACAUGACACUGCUGUGUUCUCUAGCACUUAGUAGACCCCCUAUCCCUUUGGUUUAAAAAUGUAGCUGUUUCAUUUUUAUCCCUACUUAUCCUGUUACUUAACCAAGGUGAAACUAGGUAUGUAUAUAUGAAGGUAACAAUUUGUAAUAUGGAUGCCAGUUUUAAAUUUAAUUUCAGAAAUUCUGUACAAAAAAACCUCAUGCUUAGGCUAAUUUACACUGGGAACACUCUAGGUUAAGCCAUAAAUUUUUACUGAAUGUUAACAAUUUUUAACUUUAAACUAAUUUCCUUAAUAUAA